AUGGACACCCGGACCAGCGUCCGCGACGGCGCCACGCUCUACGUUCCGGUGCUGUCGUUGGGCUCGCGGACAAGCACCGCGACGCCCACGACAGCUUCAACUUCGGAGCAUCACGAUGCCCCCGAGCGCGCUCCCGACCUCUGCGUGUGUCGUCGGUUCGCCGAGUUUGCACGGCUCCGUCACGAUGCCAUGACCGCCGCCUGCGUCAACGCCCACUUCUUGUGCCAGUACUGCCGGCAGUUCCAGACGUUCGCGAGGUUCCACGCCGGCCAGCCACUCUGGUUCCUGCGCAUUGUGACCACCAAGACGCAGCGCAAGAAAAUAUUGGCGCGCUUCCUCUCCGACCUCGCCGACUUCGCGCAGUCGCCUGCGCAGCGCCACCGGCACUGCCGGCUGCGCCAGACGCUGCCCAAGCUCAUCGAGGCGUUCCUGAGCGGAUCACCACGAUAA